AUGGAAGCGCCGGCGAAAGGAACAGUGACUCCGAUAGCAUCGUUGUUCUCAGAGGAGGAGGCACGGAAAGCAGCAAGUUAUGUGGAGGAGAAAAUCGGAGCGAAGCGGGGAGAGAUGAAUCGUCUUCAACAGUUCGUCGAUGAAAACGCCAAUCUCAUCAAUCUCGUCGCGAAGCUCCCCGAUCAGCUCCACCACAAUGUUAUGGUUCCAUUCGGUAAAAUGGCUUUUUUCCCAGGUCGAUUGAUCCACACCAACGAGUGUUUGGUGUUGUUGGGAGAGAAUUACUAUUCUGACAGAACGUCGAAACAAACGAUUGACAUUUUGAGUAGAAGAGACAAGACUAUACAGUCUCAAAUCCGUUCUCUUAAAGCUGAGAUUGAUGAUUUCCAAACGGAGGCUUCUUUCUUCACUACAACUGCUUCAGAAGCAGCGGAAGGACUUGUUGAGAUAAGAGAAGAAUUUGAAGAAGAAGAAGAAGAAGAAGAGGAUUCUUCUGCAACUUUGCUUCAGUCAGGUGUGAAAGAGCCUUCUGGUCUUCCAGGAGGAGAGACUGCAGAAGAUGAAGUUGAAGACGAUGAAUUCGCACGAAUCAUGUCCAGGUUGAAUGAACUUGAAAUGCAAGAGGAACAGGAAGGUGAAGAUGGGGACGGUAGAGGUGAAAAACAUGAUUCUCCAAUAGAAAGCGAGCUCGAUACAGUAAAAGGAAUCAGAGGAGAGACAAACAAGAAACAAGAAACUACUCUAUCUGUUCCUAAGAAUGCUUCCAUUGGCGAAUCAAGAUAUUCAGAGCCAAGAGUCAGAAGCAAAGUUAUUGAAGUGUUACCAGAGAAACAUCCACACGAAGAUCAAUCACGUGGCGGAAUCGACCAACAAAACGCUGAAACAUGGAAAGACUUUCAAGCAACCUCUAGAGCUAAGGCAAAAACCGAUGUUGUAGCUUCACGAAAGAUUGAGGUGCAGUCACCUAUACAGCAACCGGAGCCCAAAUUUGAUGCUAACAAGGCUUUUACUGGAUCGAUCGUAGAGCACGCCCUAAAUCUAGAAACCAACUUACACGGCCAAAAGCAGUCUUCAGUUUCUCAACCAUCAAAACCGGUUUCAAGAUUCAAGGCACAGAGAAGGUAG